UAUAUGACACAACCAAUGAUAAUACCAUAAUCGGAAUCCAGUCAGCUGUUAUGUCAAGUGAAUAUCCUUAACCAACAAAAUAAGUAAAAAUAAGUUAAUUAAUUGGCCUUAAUAAAGAUUUUCUUGAUAAUAUUGUGAUCUUCCAGUGUAUACACAUUAUCAUAAGAACGUACAGAUAAAAGAGGUCCUUUUUAAAAUCUAGUUGACUGAAUUCAAGAAUGAUAUUGUAGCAGUAUUAUUACUCUAUAUACUUCCAAGAUGUUCAAAGAAAACGAUAAUGCUUCUGGGGGUUGUAAUGGUGCACCACCACGUGCUCGACGCUUUCCACGAUUUUCCUUAAGGAGAUUAUUAUAUUCGAGUCCUCUGAUUGGUCGAAGAAUAGUUCGUGCCCCUAGUUCAGGCAACAGAAACAAUACUAAAGCUAAAGAUCCAGCGAGCAGUAGAGUAUUUAUUGAAGCCAGAGUAAGUAAUGGUUCAAGCCAUUAUCAAUUUUACAACAUAGACCUACAACGUGCUUCCAGCAAAGGCUCUGUACUUUCUUCUGCCGGAAAGAGCAAUGAAAGCGGAUUAAUGGAAUGCCCGUUAUGCUUAGCCGAUCUACCGAUCGAAUUAUUUCCUGUAAUACAAUCAUGUCAUCAUCGUACCUGUUAUGAUUGCUUCCAACAAUAUCUUAAAAUUGAGAUUUCAGAGUCAAGGGUUAAUAUAGCCUGUCCCGUAUGUUCAGAACCACUUCAUCCAAAUGAUAUUCGAAUGAUCCUAAACGAUUCAGCUCAAUUAGAAAAAUAUGAGGACUUUAUGGUACGAAGAGUCCUCGCGGUUGAACCCGACGCAAGAUGGUGUCCAGCACCAGAUUGCAGUUUUGCUGUAAUUGCCAGUGGUUGUGCUUCAUGUCCAAAAUUACGAUGCGAACGACCUGGUUGCGAUUCAUACUUUUGUUAUCAUUGUAAAGCACGAUGGCAUCCUAAUCAAACGUGCGAUGCAGCUAGAGCACAACGUUCACAAUAUUAUGAACGUAGCUCCUCGCUUAGUUUCAGUCAAAGUGAUUCACAACACAGAGAUGAUAUUAAACCAUGUCCAAGAUGUCAAGCUCUUAUCGUUAAAAUGGACGAUGGAAGUUGUAAUCAUAUGACAUGUGCCGUUUGCGGAGCCGAAUUUUGUUGGCUUUGUAUGAAAGAAAUCAGUGAUCUCCAUUAUCUAAGUCCUUCUGGCUGUACUUUUUGGGGUAAAAAGCCAUGGUCCAGAAAGAAGAAAAUUCUUUGGCAAUUAGGAACUCUUGUUGGUGCUCCUGUUGGAAUUGCUCUUGUCGCUGGUAUAGCGGUCCCUGCAAUGAUUAUCGGCAUUCCUGUAUGGGUAGGAAGAAAAUUAUACACAAGGUAUAAGAAAGCCAACAAGCACAAGAGAAAUGCUUUUAUUGCAGGUGGUGUUACCGCAUCGGUUUUAGUAUCGCCUGUAUUGGCAGGCUUAGCAGUUGGAAUUGGUGUACCCAUUCUUUUGUUCUACGUCUACGGCGUGGUUCCGGUUUCUUUAUGUCGUAGUGGUGGCUGUGGAGUAUCCACUAAUGGUACCGGCGUCCGAUUCGAUUUCGAUGAUGAAAACGAAUUGAUGGGUGCCUUGGGCGUUCGUAAUGCUGGUGACGCUGCCUCGAUAGACGUAGCCAGUCAUCGUGGUGGUAAUCCUUCUAUAGGAGAAGCAUCAUUAUCAUUGGGUAGCGGCAGCCAAUUGGAAAAAUUGGGCCGAGAAAAUGAUCGUGAGAGCGCGAGCAAUGUUGCUCUAGCUGGUACCAGUCUAGCAGGAAGUAUAGCUUCUAGCGUUCUUCCCGGUGGUCAGAGAUUGGAAGUCCAGGCAGAUGUAACUUCAACGCAAAGAUGUAGUUUAUGCAGCGAAACAGCAUCGGCUGCUACAAGCCUAUCCGAAAAGUCUGUAAAUGCUUCUAUAGCUCUCGACGAUGGAGCAGCAUCGACUAGAGCAUUAUCAGGUUCUGUUCUUAACUUCAAGAUGGACAGUAACUCGAUUAGCGGUGGUAGAAGUACUGAGGGAGAUCAUACAGGAAAUUCUAAUACCGGAGGUCAUAUGGACUCAGCUGGGCAAGCAACUUCUUUGAGUUCUUUAGAGGAGGUAGUACCGGGUUUAGCUAAACGUACGCGUCGCAAACCUCCAUUGGAUCGGCAGCAUAGCGAUUCGAGCAAUUGGACCGUAUGUGGUGAAGAUGGUGGAUCUGAACGUGUACGGUUCGACGAUCACGUUAGUUUUAUUGAAGCGGAUAGAGACCAAACCAGUACUGGAGCACAGUGCAAUGCCAAUAAUAGGACUGGUGGUAGACGGAAACGAAAUAAAGAGGUAGAACAGGAUUUAGAAACUCAAAAGCUAUCAAAAUUUUGGAAGUGCUGUGCCAUAACUUCAAACUUUUCUCUCGUUCGCACGUAUUUACUUUUCUUCUUUUCUUCUCUUUUAUUUUCUUUUAUAUAUAAAAAUUUGACUUCUCGCAAAUGUUUAAAAAUAGAGGGAAAAAAAAAAAAAACGUUUAGAAUAUUAAAACGAGUGAAACUACCAGUUUGUUCCGAUAAAGAAAAUUUGAGUUACUAUAUACAUUAUGACUGAAAUAUCGAUUAAGUAUCACUAAAAUAUAACAUUCAAUUGUAUUAAUAAUACACUUUUCACAAUGGCCAUUUAAAAGAUUAAGAAUUUGCAUACCCUAAUAUCUGUAUUUCAUCAUUAACAUAUAGCAGGACACUUGUCUUUUAGUCUCAUAUAAAAUUAUCAUUCAUAGCAUGUAUAAUUCGAUAUUUGACACUCAUAUUUGUUAAAAAUAUUGAAAGAUAAUAAUGUAUGGACAAAAGUUAUAAGACCUGGAAGUUUUACAUAGUGCAAGCUCUAAUAUAAUAAGAUAAUAGAUAGCAAAAUAUGUGUAAAAUUAAAGGUAUACUGUGCAAUGUAAUUAAAGAAUAAUUUUAAAAUACAAUGAGUAAUCAAAGUUUAUUUUCAA